GGACAUCCCUCGGUUGUCUGCAACCCCCUCUAUACCCCUGAACAAAAUUUUGAUUUGCUUUUUUUUAAAGUUUUUACACGAAAUCAAUUUCUUUAACUAAAAAAAAAAGUCUUCUGUGGAAUACGAUUUGAGGGAGAACCGGCGUGAGAUUGAGAGAAAUCGUGGUGGUUUUUGUUUUUUCGAAAAAGAAAAUGUUAGCCACCGUCACCCCUCGUUUCCGAGUUUAACGCCGCCAGAGUGUGUGUGUGCAGUGUGUGUGUUGGCGCUUUUUGGGAUAAUUUACCACACAUGUUUCUUUGCAGUUCAGCCUCACAGAUGGUGUAACGCUCGACGUCAACAAAAGCCAAAUUUGAAAAAAAGAACAGUUUUGCUCUGAAAGACGUUUUCCCGAAGAAUAGUGGAUUUUUUCAGUGAAAUAUCUAGAUUCUGGUGCAGAUUUUGUCUGACCUAUCGGACAAGAGGAAGGAAAAAAGGAACAAGAGGUUUACUUCCUCACGCCACAUGCAGCCCGGAUCCUUGGCCAGCUUCAUUGGACCAGCUACAAGGAUCAGGCAGCCGCCAUGGCCCAUCAGGCCACCAGCAACAACCGGGAUGAAGGGGGAGGAUCGACAGAGGACGACAGUGUCCUGCGUUUGCGAUGGAACAGCCAUGUGGAGAGCUUGCAGCAGCUGUUUGAGAGCCUUCUCGAACAGCAGCUCUUUGUCGACGUGACCCUUGCAUGUGAAGGAGGAUCACUCAAGGCCCACAAGGUCAUGCUCUCUGCCUGUUCCACCUAUUUCAAGCGUGUUCUCCACGAGACUGGUUCAAAGAACCCAGUCAUCAUCAUGAGGGAUGUCUCUUACACAGAGAUGGAUUUCAUCCUGCAGUUCAUCUACCGUGGAGAAAUUCAUGUUCCUGAAGCCAGACUGCCUUCUCUACUUAAAACAGCCAGGCUGUUGGAAAUCCGAGGACUUUCUGACAAAUUAGACAGACCCUAUGAAGAGAACAAACCCAGUGAGACUGAAAACCGCAAGAGGAGGAAUAGUAAUGGACCUGCCAAUGGGUUUCACAGCCCUCCACAUUCUCCAUCAGUCAAUGGCAAAACCAAGAAACCCACACAAACUGUGACCAAAGAAGAGGAAUUGGAUAAUGAAGAAAUGGAUUCCGAUUUCGAUGAAACCGAUCACUCACAAACGAAUAACGAACAGAAAAACGAAAUAAUGGACCAGCGUUUGACACCACCAACACCGUUAGAUCUGAGUAACGGUGACAUUGGUGCCAGUGACGAAGAGAAUGAAGUUCCCAGUGGUCAGCAGUCUGAUAAGAAAAAAUCUGCCUCGCCAGUUCCUGUGCAUGUCAAAUGUGAGGCUCCAGAGCUCAACCAGUCGCACCAAGGGGCUGAUGAAGACGACGAAGAAGAGGAGGAUGACGCUGUUAAUCCCGAUCAAUAUCCGUUUUCGAUGUUGGCCGAUUCCGACCAGAGUGGCGCCGGUGGGGUCGUAGUCCAGGCCGUUUGCCCGUUUUGUUUCAAGGACUGCAAACGGACUGCCGAACUACGAGCUCACAUCCGGGCCCACACUGGAGAGAAACCUUUUCGCUGCGACAUUUGCUCGGCACCUUUCGCCCGCUCUGCUCAUCUUAAACGACAUCGACGUGUUCACACUGGCGAACGACCGUUCGAGUGCCUCCGAUGUCAGAAGACCUUUUCCCGUCAAGACAAACUGAAACUUCAUAUGGACCGACACCGACUGAGAGAUACUGGUGGUAAAAUGAUUGUCGGCCGUCCGAAGAAAAUCGCAGCCAAGAAGAACGAAGAGCAACCAGUCACUACACCCAGCACAUCAUCCGCCUCCAGUUCGACACCGACACCAACUUCUGUCGAAAUGACGGGCAUGGGCCAGUUCGCUUUCCCUGGAGCUCCGGCACGUUCGGGUCCACCCCAAUCGCCCAACGGAUCGAAUAGGACCACUACUCCAUCACCCGGUUUACCUUACGGCGAUAUGAACUAUUUUUCGCUACUCUCCCUGUCUCAACGCGGAUUGACUAUCUCUUCGACAGCCACUUCACAAUCAGGCCAGCAGUCUGACUUACCCUCACCGACCGUUCCCAAUUUGCUCAGUCCACAGGCGUUACAAGAACUAUCGCUCUUCCGGCAAGGUGGAACUAAUUCCAACUCGACUCGCGGCCGUCAACAGCGAUCGACUCGCAGUACAGCGGCAGCUGCUUCUAAUCGUUCCAGCAGUCGUAGUAGCGUCGAAUCCGCUUCGGAGACGCUACUCAAUUUCGCCCAGCAAGUGGGUGAAAUGGUGGUGGGUCAUUCAUCGGCAGCCCAAUCUUCUUGACAAACGUCGAUUGUGUUGAAUUAAAACAACAACAAACCUUCAAAACAAAACAAGUUAGUGCCUCCAACAUCAGCAGAAUUAUCAACACAUCUUCACUCAACACACUUUCAUUCUUCCUUUUUUCAGCGUCUUUUCUUCGCCCUUUUUAUUGUCGCCAAAUGAAAUAUUUCGUGUGCUAAUUAAGGACAUUCUUUUUUAGAUUUAAAUUCGUUUUAAAGAAUAACGUGCGUGUUUCUUUCGGCAAUUUCCCCCCGAUUAGAAAUGAUUUCAUUUCAUACUUGAGGGUGGAAAAUUCCUGCUUUGAAUCGUAGCUUUUUCGUUACAUCGUCGAUUGACGGGCGUGGACGCGUGCAAUAUCGUGUGCAAGAUGACCAAAAUCUUUAUCAAUUGUUGGAUAAAGAAAAUGUUUUUAAUUCUUUUUUUUUUAUGGUGCGCGAAUCGGGUUCAGUAUAGGAAAAAGAAAGCCUUUAUUCAUCACCCUCGCCCCAUCACUCGCUUCAAAAGACGUUGUGCCAGAGGAUCCAUUUCAUUUGUCGGCCACCUUCUUUUUUUAAUUUAAUUUUUUUUUUUUUUAUAGUACGAAUGGCUUUAGUUGUCUUUCUAUUGCGACGAAAAACAAAAACUAUUUGUUUCACUUUGCGUGCUAAAGAUCCUCGGUCAUGUUCACACUUCCUACCAAAGGCUCGUCUCGUUGUGAAAAAAAAGAAAUCAUUUUUGGAAAUUAAUUUUUUUUUGUGCAAAAUUCGUGUUCCAAUCCUAAAAAAAAGAAAAAAGAAUCAAGUGUGCAAUGACACCAUUCAGGUUAACAAUUCCUUUCCUAAAAAAAAGAUCCUAAACAUUUAAUUUUCAUUUUUUUUUUUGUUUUGAAAUUUUUAAAAAGACAGAAUCAUUUACUUUCUUUUGGAAUAUUGUUUCACUUUGACUUGAUCUAAAGAAGAAGUUUAUUUUUUUUUUCAACUUUUCCUUUCGUGCGUGCGUGCUUUGGUGUGUGUGUUUUAAUCAAGAAAAAUUCUAAUCGACACAGACGCUGUAGAAGCCUGUUAACGACCCCGUGAAAAUUCUAAGUUGCAUUUUUGUUUGUGCAUUUCAAGAGUAUUUAGAUGCUGUGUAAUGAUCCCGUUUGAGAAAACAUAUGAUCCAUUUUUAGAUAUGAAAAAAGAAAAACAGGAUUUUUUUUUAAAAACGCGCAACAGUUUGCGUAGCAGUUUUUGGAAGAUCUCUUUUUAUUUCUCCUUUUUUCUUUUCGUUUGUAAUAAGCACAUGAACCAAAAUUGAAAAUGUUUCGGACCCUCCAAUCACAACAAUCGAAUAGCUUUAAACUUCGAUGCCUGCAACGUUUUUUUUGUUUUUUAUUAUUUUCGCUUCUCGCAAACAUCCCCUCCUAAAAAAAUGAAAUUUGGAUUUCUUUAAAGUGUCUUUGAAAAAAAAAUUGUUUCGUCUUCAUACGUAAAAUUACGAUUUUGGCAAAAGUAAAAAGAAUGAUAAAACACUAUCCCAGUUAUGUGCACCAAAAAGCUCCAGUUCUCUUCGUCGAGUUUUGUUUUUCAUGUGCGAGUGAUGCGGCUGUUUAACACAAUGUGUAUGUUUUCUUUUGUAACACAAAUUAUUUCUUGCAUAAUGUGGUGGCCUCUAAAAAGAGGGACCCAAAAAAAAAACAGACCCACAUUUUUUUCUACCUUUCCUUAUUUUCAUGUCUAGCGCAAUUAACAAUUUUCUCUUCACACUUCACGUCAUAUGGACCAAGAAAUUUGUACGUUAGACGUGUUUUGUUUUCUCUCCUAUGAAAAACAAAUAUGGACGAAUGUGUCUCAAAAAGCAACCUAAACCUAAGCUCUUUUAACCCAAUGAUUUCUUGUGUGUUGUUCCAAAUUCUGAACCCACACACAUUUACAUUUUUUUUUUCAUUCUAAUCGAUUUCUUUUGGCAAAAAAAAAUAUUCAAAUUAUGUACAGGAAAAUCAAAUUCGGCCAACUUAUUUUGGAUUUAACAAAACAAAAAAACCGCGAACCCAGUGCUUUUUAUAGACAUAUUUGUAUACAUUCACAUCUAAAAACAAUUUCUAAUUUUGAUGGGAAAAAAAAUUUAGAAAACGGGGAAAAACAUUAACUUUUUCAGGGGGACUAGUUCUCAUCUGGUGGGCAAUUUAAAUCCCGUGUGGUCGGCUUUGUUCGAUUGUCUUUUGUUGUAAAAGUGCGCGUGUAUGUGUUGUGUUUCUUAUAAACAUGAUCGAUCUUUUAUUAGUUAACGUGCGGUCUGCUGUCUGAAUGCCUGUUGAUGAUCAAUCAAGAGCAAUUGCACCAAUAUAAUGACGAUUUGUCCAACAGUUUAUCGUUUUAAUUUCUUUGAUUGUGUCCAUUGUCGGGUUUCAUGCAAAUUAAUAAUAAAAGAACUACCAUAA